GACAAAUUCUAAGACCCGCGUGUUGACGGAGAGCUAAGUCAGAGUUUUGAUAACAACAGCAACAACAUUAAGGAUUCGCCCAAAAAAUACACAAGAGUGCUUGUCGGCGGCGAUCUGGUCUCAGUCCGUUUAACGAUCAACCUACCAUUUGAUCGGCUUCUUCCUUUCUGUUCUGUUCGCCAAUCAGAUUUGAAAUUGAAAAGAGGAGGAGAAAUCUGACAGCAUAGAGAUGUUUGGGGUCAUAAGGCGAAGAGUUGCUUCUGGCGGUUCGUCUCCUUUGUUUCAGAGUCUCUCAUUUCAGAAAGUUCGGAAAAACCUCCCAAGUCGAUUUUCUUCCAUUUUGGAGAAAGAGAUCGUUUGUCUUUCUGGAGGAUGUCAGAAGGUUCGGAAUAUCUCUCAUUCAAGUUCAAGUGGAUGCUGGAGUAAUUUAAAGUCCAUGAGGGAGUUUUAUUAUCAAGAGGUUACCAGGCAAACAUGGAGGCGCUCCUUUUCUUCAGAUAAUGGAGAUCUGGUUGACGUUGUGGUCCCUCCAUUAGCUGAAUCUAUAGCUGAUGGCACUCUAGCAACCUUUUUGAAAAAACCAGGUGAUGGUGUUAAAGUUGAUGAACCAAUUGCACAAAUUGAGACGGAUAAGGUUACAAUUGAUGUUACCAGUCCUGAGUCAGGCGUGAUUCAGAAGCUUCUAGCCAAUGAAGGGGAUACUGUUGAGCCAGGUAAUAAGAUAGCAAUCAUUUCAAGGUCUGCUGAAGCCACAACUCAUGUAGCCCCAUCUGAAAGUGUAUCUGAGAAACCUGCUCCUCAGCCAACCCAAAAGAUCAAAAAGGAGGAGGCAGCACCUAAAGUUGAAGCUGCCCCUACUACGGAGAAGCCUAAAGCACCCUCUCCUCCACGGCACUCUCCCACAGAGCCACAGCUUCCCCCUAAGGAAAGAGAAAGACGAGUUCCUAUGACAAGACUUAGAAAGCGGGUUGCUACUCGGUUGAAAGAUUCCCAAAAUACUUUCGCAUUGCUGACAACAUUCAAUGAAGUUGACAUGACUAACUUGAUGAAGCUUCGUGCUGAUUAUAAGGAUGUUUUUGUUGAAAAGCAUGGAGUCAAAUUGGGACUCAUGUCUGGGUUUGUUAAAGCUGCAGUGAAUGCACUCCAGCAUCAGCCAAUAGUAAAUGCUGUCAUUGAUGGUGAUGAUAUAAUAUACAGAGAUUAUAUAGAUAUCAGCGUAGCUGUUGGCACUUCAAAGGGCCUUGUUGUACCCGUCAUUCGCAAUGCUGAUAAGUUGAACUUUGCGGAAAUAGAAAAGGAGAUAAAUAAUUUUGCAAAAAAGGCUAAUAAUGGAACUUUAUCAAUUGAUGAGAUGGCUGGAGGCACUCUAACAAUAUCAAAUGGCGGUGUUUAUGGGAGCCUUUUGAGUACCCCUAUAAUCAAUCCCCCUCAGUCCGCAAUUUUGGGUAUGCACUCUAUAGUGACACGUCCAAUGGUGGUUGGAGGUGAAGUAGUCCCAAGGCCAAUGAUGUAUGUUGCUCUGACAUAUGAUCAUAGAUUGAUUGAUGGAAGAGAGGCUGUGUUCUUUUUGCGUCGAAUCAAAGAUGUUAUUGAGGAUCCUCGCAGGCUUCUGCUCGACAUAUGAACUACCCCUCAACUUCGUUAGAAAAUCAAACACCUUGAUAUUGAAGUAUGACAGACAAAUUGGUUUCUCAACCCUUAUUUAUGGUUGGUUCAUAAUUUAAAAACUUAUGGAGGGCAAACUCUUUGGGGUAAUAGACCUAUCUGUAUCUGCAGGUUAAUUCAGCAUGUCCUCAUUCUUCUAGCUAUACUUAGUUCCCACUUUUUGUCCUGGCUUACUGAGAGUAACACUUGAGUUUUCCGGCUCUCAACUUACGUGGAACUUCAAUGAUUGUUCCACGAAGUAAUAAUGAGAUUUAUUUUUGUAUACAUCAAUGCUACAAUGCAAUUCCAGUUCGGAUAAUUCUCAAGUAUUAAUCCCCUUUUUUUUUGGCCAACAA